AUGUUAUCCCUACUCUUGUCACUGUUUUUUCUGCUCUCCCUCGCCACAAGCCACACCCUCACAUUCCACAACCUCUUUUCCUCUCCGCGCCUCCUGAUCUUCACACCCAAUAGCGGCAGCUAUUCUAUCCCACCCCAAACAAUAGCGGCGUCUCAACAUCUUUCACUCUCGAUCCCUGACUGGAGCGGCAAUUUCAAAGCUGUAGACCCUGAUCUCUAUGAUAUAGAAAACCCAGGACCGGAGAAAUACAUUUUGGGCGAAGUAUGUUUUGCUUGUUGGCAGGAUGUCACGUUUUUUGACGUCAGUGCGAUUUGGAAUUGUUGUGAUAACGAGGGUGUGCAUUGGAUGUGGGGAUAUGAUGAUGAUGAUGAGAGAAAUGGGACUGGGGAUGGAGAGUACGAGUCGACGAGAGAGGCUGUGAUUGAGGGAGAUGUAUCUGGAUGUGAGAAGUUUCCGUGUGAAGGGGUUUAUAAUGAGAGUGAUGAUGUGCAGACGAAGACGACGACGAAAGAUGCAAUUUGGGUUGUUUUGGGCCCGUAG